GAAACAAACUCCAAGCACUAACAUCUCCCAUCGUAGCCUGUGGCCACAGCAUGAUCAGAGGAUGGGAAAAUGGUUGUCCAAGGGUUAGAACACAGAGGGAUAAAGAAAGGGACACUGAAGAGGGCAAGUCAAACAAGAACGGAAAGUUGGGCAGAAUCCUUGACACCAACUGUUCCUACUUACAUCAAGCCUCCUCAUGUUGCCAAGAGGACCUAUGUCCUGCAUUACCACUGGGGAUAUGGACCAAUUUCCACAGAUCAGACCCACGCAUUGCCCUAGGAAAAUACUCCCCCUUGGAAAAAGAGAUCCUGCGUCUAGGAGGUGUUCAUACUAUAGCUGCAAGAAGGUUUUUGGCUUCUAAACAAGAGGAAGAACAGAAAACGCUGCGAGAGCUACGGUUGCUGUCUCCAGACUACAAACAGGCAAUGGACUAUAAAAACCAGCCCUCCUCUCCUUGUGCUGUGUGUGAACCUGUAAAAAAAUUAUGGACCGCACGGGUAAUCAUGCCUGCCGAGAAGUUCAAAAUGCCCCAGCGGGAGAAGAUCAACAUCAGCAAGCAUGUAGAAAGGAUGCAUCUGGCUCGAGCCCUGGGAAGUAUGCAGAUUUCCUCCAAUGCUGAAAGACCUGGGAGGUCAGUGUUUCUGGGUCCAACAGGAAAACGGAAGGUGAGAAAAGACGGGGACCAUUCUGAUAGUGAUUUCUGUGACAAUCUCAAGCAGGAGGAGAAAAAAGAGGAAGAGAACAAAGUCACAAGAAGACAAGAAAUACAAAUGAAUGUUGUUUUCAAGUCAAAAGAAUCAAAAAAACACUUUCCAUGCCAACCAAAUGAUAGUAAACCAUUCUUUCCCAUAAAGACACCGGAAAGGUCCAUCACAGGCCUAACAAACCGAAAUCUCCUUUCCGUGGCUGAAUUCCCUGGUGAUCUCAUGCUCAUGAACCAGGAUUUUAUAUCUCGGGAAACCUACUCCGGUGAUAUGAUCAAUACCCACCACCUGCAAGUGGGGAAUUCCUGCAAGGAAUGCAUGGGAAAAACUGAUCCUCAUAACUAUUAAAGUUUUAUUUGUUCCU